AUGAUAGAAUCCUCGGCGACUAUCGACACUGCAACUACUACAGAAAGUCAGGAGUCCAGUACUGCGACAUCGGGUAUCACAAGUGAGGAGAGUACGCAGAUGUCCACGGCAAUAGAACUGGAAGAUACCACCACGUUAUCUCAAAUACCUACCAUGGCUUCGCCAGCAACUGAAUUAUCUUGUGGAGACUGGCUCAACCAGCCCGAGGUAUCUGCAACACUACCAGAGUCAAGCACCAUGAACGAACAGCGAACUGCAUCAAGCAGCACUACUGUUGCAGAACCAAUACCAGCCUCAGAGACCAUCUCGACCACCUAUGAGUUUUCUACUACUGUAUUGCCAAUGACAACUUCCACAGAAGGUGUUGAAAGGCAGACUCCCUCAGGAGAGACAACUCAGCCUAAGACUAUCAGUCCCACCAAUUUGGAAGUUAUUGGAGACUUUACCUUCCUCGGAUGUCUUGACUCACCUGACGGCUACCCUUCUUUCGACUUGGUAGCCACCUCGGACGACAUGACGCCCUCAAAUUAUAUCUCAUUGACGACAGAUCGACUGUAUGUCGGUAUCUAUGAUAGGUCAUGCUACGCGUCAGACUCAUUAAAGUCUACCAGUCUGGUCGACGAGGGUCGAUGCAAUACCCCCUGUCACAAUGCCUCUCUGCUAUUCUGUGGUGGACUGGUUGAAGCAAACGAUGCUUUGCAGCGUAGAUCUCGCUUCCGCCGUGACGCACCUCUUGAUGUGCUGCUCACAUUGUAUGGAGCCAGUGACGUUGGAGACUCAUCAAACAGUGCUUCAGUCACUGGGCCACCCGCCACGACGUCAGCCCCUGAGAUUAUCGGAGAGACAUCUGCAUCUACGGUAGAGCCAGUCAUGUCUGACUCUAUCCCCGACGUUGUUACCCAACCGACUGCAUCUUCUCUCGAGUUGGCCAUCACUUCUGGUCAAGUGGUUCCAUUCCCACCAAACAGACCCGUGCCAACCAGUGGCUGGCUUGGGAAGAACAACAUGACCCAGGCUGCCAGUCCUGUCAUAACUGUGUCUACAACCACGUACACAAUUAUCGAUCCGCAGAACCCGUCUACAUUCAAGGUCGAGGAGUACUGCUCAACUAUUCAGUACUACCCUUGCCACCGUUGCGAGCACCAGGAUAUUCCUGCGGUCCAUAUGACCACUAUCCAAAGACAAUGCAAUGCAUGUGGUAUCAACGGCGAGAACUCGGUAUACCUCACGUUACCGGCCGCGGUCACAGCCCCAUCCGCUACUGACAGGUUUGAGCAUAUUGGUAACUCACCUCAGCAUGGUUCAGAACGGUUUGUGGCAAGCCCGGUCAAGACAGGCUUUCAUCAUGUAAAGCCCAUUGUCCAAGCCAAACCCACAAAGGCGUACUAUAACCCUCUCCCGCCAGUAUCGGAGGAGGAUGAUGUAUCUGUCCGCAUCAACGACAACCGCCCAGAAGACGACUUUCCCAAGAAACCCCAAGUCGAAGCACCAAAAGCCCCCAUCAAGGAGCCUAAGCCCAUUGACCAAGCUCACCCAACGUCGAAGUUUGCCGGAGGAUACGAGAUCAAGACAAUAACAUUGCCAUCGUGGAAUGUUCCGUCUGAAGUUCCUGUUAUCGUCUCAACAGCGACAAUGUCCUUUCCAAUCUUUGGAACCAUUUUCUUGUUUUUUGCUUUUGCGUCACUGCUCAACAGCAUGUAA